AUGCGGCCUGGGUCCGCGCUCCUCCUCCUCCUGGGCCUGAGCCUGGGCCUCCUCCCGCCACCCGUGGCUCCUCGCUGGGCCCCGGCCGCCGUCGCCGGACCGUCGGCCUCGCCGUCCGGCGGCCUCUUCAGGAGCGCUCCGGGCUCCGGGGACCGCGGCGACAGCACCGGCCUCAUCCUGCGGCCCCGCGUGGCUCGGGACGGCGGCGUCCUAUGGAGCGGCAGCCGCUACCUCUGCUUCCCCCGCGACGGGGCCGACCGAGCGGGCGGCGGGCGGCGCGUGUCCCCGCGGCCCCCGGGCCGGUACUGCCUGGGCGUGCGCGUCCUGCUCCGCGGCCAGCCGGGUCCCGCCGCGCCCACGCGUGUGGACCUGCGCGUCUGGGCGCCCCGCGGCCGCCUCUCGCUGGUGUGGUCGGCCCGCCUGCCACAGCCGCUCGGGGCCUUGGCCUGGGUCUUCCAGCUCUGGCUGUUUGGGCCUGGGGCAGCCAGGCCGACCCGCGACGCGUCCUCCACCGCGCGCCUCUCUCCGCGCUCCGCCCUGCUCGCCGACCCGCGCCCCAACACCGGCUUCGUGGCCCAGACCAAGUGUCCCACAGACGGACCCACGCCCAUCGUUCUGGAAGCCGUCGACUCGCCCAACUACACAGCCGUGGAGUCUUCGGUGUCCUGUCAGCUGAAAAGGUGUAGUAUCCAGAGUGUGAAGAUCAAUACGAACAACGACGGGUCGCCUGUGAUCCUGGGGUGGAAGGAAUCGGCCACCAUCAACGCCUCUGUUGUCCAUGACUGCUUUUUCUACCUGUCCAUGCGACACCUCUGGCAGUACUAUUCCGUGCCCUCCGUGAAUGAUAAGCCCGACUGGACUCAACCUUUGUAUCUGCCACACAUCCAGCUAAUGAGGAAUCCACUGUUUAUACACAUCCCCAAAUCUUCUUUACCUGUGGGUGUGUAUGUGAUUAAUUUCACGUUGACCAUCACCACAAGGACUCAAAAUCAGUCUGUCCUACAAGACUCAGAUGCCAUCUACCUCUGGGUUGUCAAACGUCCCCUGAGGGCCAUUAUUCUUGGAAAUGAGGUCGAAACCGUGAGCUUCACAGAUCAGCUGGUUCUGGAUGGAUCAACAUCCUUUGACCCAGAUGCAGAUGACCCACAGGAGGGACUCCGGUUUUCUUGGUACUGUACCACAAAUUCACAAAACUACCACAAAGACCAAAUAGCAGUAAUGAACAAGGAAGUCUGUCUCCCAGAGCAGGCUAGUCUCAAGUGGCCAGGGACCCCUGGCUCUGUGCUAACACUUUUGCCAGAAACACUUAAAGGUGGCCACAUGUAUUUUUUCAGAAUGGUGAUACAGAAAGGUCACAAAACAGCAUCUUCUGACAAAACAGUACAAGUGCUCCAAGGACCUAAAAUUGUCGCGCAAAUUUCAUGCAUUGAGAAUUGUGACAGAAAUUUAAUUUCAUCAGAUAGAUUUUGUGUGUUUUUAAAUUGCACGAAUUGUGCAAGUCGAGAUUCCUACAAAUGGUCCCUUUUGUCUUCUUCAGGAAGUGAAAUGCUAUUUGAUUGGACGGCGCAAACAAUGACAGGAAGGAAUAGCGCUUAUCUGUCUCUAAAAGCUUUCGCUCUUCAUCAUUUUCCAGAAGCUGAGUUUUCGGUUUCUCUCCAUGUAGCAAGUUGGAGUGGAGAUAGCUCAGUCUUCAGGUAUGUCUUCAUUAUUAACCAUGGCCCGCAAACUGGAAAAUGCAAGAUUAAUCCAACAAAAGGAGUUGCACUAGUUACUAAAUUUGUUGUCCAGUGUAGUAAUUUUAAGGAUAAUCACAUCCCUCUUACAUAUAAAAUAAUUGUUUCUUAUCUCCACGGGCUUGGUGAAAUCAGUUCAGUAAGAGAGAACACCUUGGGGACGAUCCUGUAUUUGGGUCCUGAGUCCACAGCACCCCCUUCCUUUCUUCCUGUUGGUGUGUUGGCUAAUCAUUAUGCCACAAAAAUAUACGUUCAGGUUUAUGACUCUCUGGGGGCUUUUUCUCAGGUGAUUUUGUAUGCCACUGUGCAGGCACCUACUGACAAGAUGUCAUCAAAGACUGUGCUGCAUCAGUUAUUCAAUCUCACCAGCGGGCCAGAUUCAGUGCUAUCUACUUUGCUUCAAAAGCAGGACUUCUUACCUGCAGGUUACUUAAUGUAUAUAGUAGCUUCCAUUUUGAAUAACAUGAAAGCUGAAUCGCCCCUGGAACAUGACAAACUCAGUCUCCGAGAACACCUUGUCAAUCAGUCUUACCUUCUUCCCCUGAACACUUUGGUGCAAAUCAGCCAGGCAGUGACGACUAUAACCAAAUUAAUCCAGAAACCCUCUGAAUUUACUGGAGCUGCUCAGAGAUAUGGCACAGUGAGGCUGUGGCAAGCAGAUCAAGGCCUGCAAGAGUAUCAACGAAACGAUAAACACUUUAGAUCUGAACAAAUAGAAAUUAUAACCACUGGAACAUUAACAAGUGUGUCUAACAUCCUUAAACUAACUGGUCGUCAGAAAAUGGUUAAAGAUAUUUUCUAUGUAAUAGAAUCUAUGGCAGACACAAUAUUGGCUGGUAAAGUACCAGGGAAUAGUACUUUCAUGAGAACCCCCAACGUUAACAUGUAUAUCAAGAAAGCUGAAAAACGAGAUGUUACCAAGGUCUUCAGAAACCAGAAACACUGCCAAAACUGUUUCUAUCCAACACUCAAUGUAAGCAGCGUUCCUGAUCUGCCUGCAAAUGCUCUAGUGUCUACGAUGUUUUGUGAGUUUGCAGAGGACCCCUUUCCUUGGUUAAAUGACCAAGAAAAUGCUUCAGUGAAGGUGGUUGGCUUCAGAAUGACAGGAGAACAUAACGGUACCAUGAUAGAGAUCACACCCGAUGUGGUGGAAGUGUCCCUUUUCAUAAAAAACUUGACCUUUGCAAUUUUUAAUCUCACACUGGGACCCAACAAGGAGGUUGAUGGGGCCUUGAAGAAGACGAUUGGGGCCUUUAGCUUUGAAGUGGACAGCAAUGUACUGAGGGAGGUGAUGGUCCACAUUAUGACUGAAGUGACUGUGUUUUUCAAGGUGUUGGUGUACGCAGGCAGUCAGAUCACCUCCACAGCUCUGGUUGCCAGCUUCCUUGUGCCUCAUGACAUCCCUCCAAUUGCCAGCCAGAGUGUCCCAUUCGACCCGGCCUGCCCAGUGAAGCAAGCCCGCGUGGUGUGCCUCUCACUGUCUCUGCUGCAGCUCAUAGCUCAGCGUAGCCGCUCCUCCCAGUGUGCUGUGUCUGUGGUCUUGCAGGCACCUCGUUUCCUCUUAGAGCCCACUGACAAACUAGUAAGGAUUUCUCUUUUCAGCAUUCAAUGCUUGGACAUGUAUGGGAUCCAGGGUGAGUGGAGGGAAGACUACUGCAUUCCUGGUGAGAAGAGCACCUUGGCCAAUGUGUACUGUAUUUGCAGGUGGCCAACGAGGGCCAAGCGGCAGGCAGGCACAUUCUGGCUAUCCGACCUUCCCCUGCAUACCCGCUAUGUGAUGGCCAAGAUGAUUGUGUAUCCUAACUAUGUGGAUCUGCGGCUAGUGGUCAUCAAGAACGUUUACCAAAACCCCGUGACCCUCAUCACUGUGCUUUUUAUUAUAUUUUCGUACAUGGUCCUAGCUUUCUGGGCCUUGCACAGGGAUGAAAUGGACCAGUUUCUUCGGGGACGUGCGAUAGUUCUACCUGAUAAUGAUCCUUAUGAUGACGUGUGCUACUUGGUCACUGUUUUUACAGGAAGUCGUUGCGGGGCUGGGACCAAGGCUGAUGUCUUUCUGCAGCUUCAGGGUACAGAAAGUACCAGUGAUGUGCACUGUUUAAGCCACCCUCAAUUUACAACUCUCUAUCGGGGAAGCAUCAGUACUUUCCUCCUAACGACAAAAAGUGAUUUGGGAGACAUCCAUUCCAUCCGUGUAUGGCAUAACAAUGAGGGUAAAGCACCUAGUUGGUAUGUAAGUCGAAUCAAAGUGGAGAAUCUGUUUAGCAGACACAUUUGGCUGUUCAUGUGCCGGAAAUGGCUUUCCAUUGACACCACUUUGGACAGAACGUUUCAUGCUAUCAGCUCAGAUCAGCCUCUGAGAAGAAGAGACUUUUUCCUUAUAGACCUGAGUAAAAAUCUAGGGAAAAGCCACCUGUGGUUCUCUAUUUUUGCUGCCAUCAUUCCAAAAUCAUUCAAUAGGCUCCAAAGAUUGUCUUGUUGUUUAGCGAUGUUGCUAAGCUCUCUUCUUUGUAAUAUUAUGUUCUUUAAUCUAAAUAAAGAAGAAAAUGAGUCAAGACAGUGGCGCUACGUCAGAUCCAUGAUGAUAGGAAUUGAAAGCGUCUUACUUACAAUCCCUGUGCAAUUAUUAAUAACUUUUCUGUUCACCUAUUCCCAGAAGAAACCUCUAGUGAGUUUAGACCAGGUGUCUCCUCAGAAGAACCCCGUGACAUCAGAAGACAGUGGACAUUGGGAAGACCGUUUGGGAAACUGGCAUGCUCAUGAAACUGCUGCAACAGAAACCAGGGAGGCGACAGAGACCAGGGAGGCUGCAAAGCCUGUCUCCAAGAGAAAAUCUCAGCUUCCCAAGCAUUCCAUUAGAUCAACCUUUAAAUCAAAGAGGCAGCAGGAGAAAGCAAAAACCAAGUCCCGAAAGAGCCAAAGACAAAAUGCAAAUUCCAAUAACAGCAACAACAAUGCCAAUGAAGAUGUUAAUUCUGAAGAGCAUGCUUCCCAAGAGAAUCUUCCCCAUCCUAUAAAAGAGCCCCAGGUUGUCCAGCCUUGGUGGUGUAUUUAUAUAGCAUGGUUCUUGGUUUUUGCCACAUCCAGCAUAUCUUCCUUCUUUAUUGUAUUUUAUGGGCUGACUUAUGGCUAUGAAAAGUCAAUGGAAUGGCUCUUCACAUCCUUGUGUUCCUUCCUUGAGUCAGUCCUUCUGGUGCAGCCAGCUAAAAUUAUACUCUUGUCAGGCAUCAGGGCAAAUAUUCCCAAGUACAGUAAAAACCUCUCGUGGUCAAACCUGUAUCGUUACACAGACAUCACGCUGCCAGGGGUGAAUAUGCAUCCUGACGAAAUGGAGAGGAUACAUGACCAGGUCAGACAACUCCAAGGCUCUAGGAUGUACCAGCCUCUCACAGAAGAUGAAAUAAGAAUAUUCAAGAGAAAGAAGAAGAUCAAGCUAAGAGCCCUCCUGUUCCUGAGUUACAUUGUGACUCACCUGAUCUUUCUGGCCCUGCUGUUGGUCCUUAUUGUCCUGCUGCGCCACACUGACAGCUUCUACUACAACCAGUUUCUUCAUGAUCAGUUCUCUGUGGGUCUUGCUGCUGUGACCAAACUGGAAGACAUCUACAGGUGGCUGAAGAAUGUGCUGGUGCCUCUGUUACACAACGACUUAAACCCGACAUUCCUUCUUGACAGCUCAUCCAAGAUCCUUGGCCUUCCACUGAUGAGGCAAGUCAGAGCAAAAUCUAGUGAAAAAGGGUGUCUACCUGCUGAAAACUUUGUGCAGAACAGCAUCAAAAGGGAAAUUCGUUGCCAUCCCGAAUAUGGUGUUGACCCAGAAGAUACAAAAGACUAUUCUAGCUCUUGGAAUGAAAUUAAUAAAUGGGAUACAGACAGGAAUACCAGUGGAUUUACUUAUAAGCCUCAAGAAAAGCAAUGGGUGUAUUAUUCCUAUGGGUUGUUACAUACCUAUGGGUCUGGAGGAUAUGCAUUCUACUUUUUUCCAGGAGAGCAGCAGUUUAAUUCCACACUGAGGCUUAAAGAACUUCAAGAAAGCAAUUGGCUUGAUGAGAAGACAUGGGCUGUGAUUUUGGAAUUAACGACUUUUAAUCCAGACGUGACUCUGUUUUGCAGCAUUUCUGUCAUAUUUGAGGUCUCUCAGUUAGGAGUUGUCAAUACAAGCAUAUCCCUACACUCUUUCUCACUUGCUACAUUUGACAGAAAAACUUCAGCAGAAAUCUACUUGUAUGCAGCCAUUCUCAUUUUCUUCUUAGCCUACAUUGUUGAUGAGGGCUAUAUCAUUAUGCACGAAGGAGCCUCUUAUGUGAGAAGUGUGUAUAAUUUGCUCAACUUUGCUCUAAAAUGCAUAUUUACCGUGUUGAUUGUGCUCUUUCUCAGGAAGCAUUUCUUGGCCACUGAUAUGAUUCAGCUUUAUAAGUCACAACCGGAAAACUUCAUUCCCUUUCAUGUAGUUUCUCAAGUAGAUCACACCAUGAGGAUAAUUUUGGGUUUCCUAUUAUUUCUGACAAUUUUGAAGACCCUCAGGUAUUCCAGAUUCUUCUAUGAUGUGCGCUUGGCUCAGAGGGCCAUCCAGGCAGCCCUCCCUGGCAUCUGCCACAUGGCAUUUGUGGUGUCUGUAUACUUCUUUGUAUACAUGGCUUUCGGUUACCUGGUAUUCGGUCAGCACGAAUGGAACUACAGUAACAUGAUUCAUGCCACGCAGACAGUGUUUUCCUACUGUGUCUCAGCUUUUCAGAACACUGAAUUCUCUGAAAACAGGAUUCUGGGGGUCCUGUUCCUCUCGUCCUUCCUGCUGGUGAUGAUCUGCAUCUUGAUCAACUUGUUUCAGGCAGUGAUUCUGUCUGCCUAUGAGGACAUGAAACAGCCUGUCUAUGAAGAACCAUCAGAUGAAGUGGAAGCGAUGACCUAUCUGUGUUACAGGCUUAGAACUAUGUUUAGCUUUCAGACCUCACAGGACAGGGCCAAAGAGGAGCCCAAGUUCUUUGUCAAUAUGCUGUAUGGGCAGCCAGAGAAGAAAAACCGCCGGUUUCUGGGACUAAAGACCAGAAACAUCAAUGGGAAGAAAAUGGUUUACCUCGUUGUUUGA